AAGAUGCAACAUGUUGUCUUCUGGUUACUGAAUUGCCUGCUGAAGGAUAUGCAGAGGAAGAUCUCUAUCGAAUGGCAGCACCUUUUGGAAGUGUCCAUGACCUUAUAAUCCUGGCUACAGAGCGCAAGGCAUACAUGGAGCUGACCAGUGUAAAAGCUGCUGAAGCAAUGCUCAACUUCUAUUCCUUCUUGCCUGUUACUCUGCAUGGAAGCCAGCUGAAACUGAAGAAGCUACCAGAAGACUUUGAUAUAACCGACAUGGAAGCUGUAUUUACAGAUGCAGUUGGAUUUGCAGACUUUGAGAAAGAAGCGGAUUACUAUGGAAAGCUUGUAAUAGUUAAUAACUUACCAGCGGAGUACACAGAACUUGAAGUUCUUUGCUUAGGACUUCGUUUUGGAAAUGUGCAAAAAUAUGUAUUCAUGAAGAACAAGAGAAGGGCUGUCCUGAAAUUGAACAAACCUGGAGCUGCUGCAGCCAUGUGCAAGUUUUUCAAAGUGUAUCCUUACUCUCUUCGUGAUAGUGUCCUAAGCUUUUCUUUAUCACCAAAACUAGCAGCAUUGGAGGGACAAGAUGACAAAAAAGUACCAGUAAAGGAAAGCACUGACAAGAACAGUACUGUUGAAUCUGCAUCAAAUACUGAUAAAGUUGCACCUUCUUCGAAUACCACUGAGGAUUCUACAAAAACAUUGGCUACUACCAGUUCCCAGCCGAAAGCUACAGCUGCAUUACAUUCUUCAUGCACAUCCAAGGAUGCAGGGAAGCCCAAAGCAGUUGGCAAACCUAAAGAGGUGAAAGGCUCUGCGAUUGUAUCAAAGAAGCCGUCUGUUCCUCCUAGUAAACUGAGCCCUGCAGCAGCAACUACUGUCAAAUCAAGUUCUGCAUCCCUCUCUCCUAUCAAACCUAACUUAUCACCUAGCUUUGCUACAAAGGAAAAAACUGCAUCCGUUCCUGCUACCAAGCCUGCACCUGCUUUGGUUUCUCCAGCAAAGCCCAAAUCUGAGCCUAUAACCUUUUCUUUUGUUGUUCCAGAGGAGAAGUUAAAGGCAGCCAUAGAAUCUUCCACUUUGUCUAGUGAAGAAGGAAAGCCUACUUCAUCCUCUGUUUCUUCAGGUCAUUCAAAAGCUGCAGCAGUUUCUUCUACCCCUUGUACAGAAAAACCUAAAUUGGUAGCAGAUACUGCAACGUCUGAAGAGCAGAUGGAUGAAAAUGGCAAAGAAUCACAAAACAAAACAGUUGCUGUUCCUUCUGCGGUAGAUGACCUGCAUCUAGCUGCUGCAGAUAGUGAAAUUGCUGCAGGAGCAGUUUCCAAGAUUGCUUUAAGUCAAACUGAUGCACCCUGUGCAAAAGGUCCAUUUCAGAAAAGUGAGACAGUGCCAGCAAAAAGUGACAGUAAAUCAAAACUUGCCACAAAGCAAGAUACUAGAAAGGAAAGUGACACAGGAAAACAUUUAUCAACCGAUACAAAACAGUUAUCCCACACUAGUAGCACUAGGCACAGCCUUGAUUGCAAUAAAGACAGAGUCAGUCAUUCUGCCACUAGGUCUGGUAGCAGAAGAGGACAUUCUCCCUAUGAGAAAGACAGAAGGCUUGAACAUAAAGAUAUUUCUAGGUAUUGUCGUGAGAGAGAAAGAUCAUCAGGUGGCAAACGGGAUGAUGACAGAAGCAAGCAUUCUUCAGGAAGAAGUACCAGAACAUCAAAAAGCAUCAACAGCAGUAAAUUGCACAGAGCUCAGCAGAAGGUUGAAGAAAUAACAUUCUCAUUUAAUCUGGAUGACUAUGUGACUGUGGAUGAAAUUGGUGAUGAGACAGAGGAGCCCUCAGUCCGGGUCAGUGUGGUAGAUGACCCAGAGAAGUCGUCUUCUGUUUCAGUCGGAGAAGAGUCACUAGUGCAGCCUGGUGUAAAAAAAGAAGGUAGUGUUUCCAAAGAUUCUACUGAUGACAAAAGUGAAGUCAAGGCAUCUGGUGAAAUGUUGCCAUCUGUGGAUUCCAGUUCUGCAAAAGAACCUUUGUAUCCUGCUGCCCACUCAGACAAGGAUGCUGAUAUUUCAAGUGUUCUGCCUUGUUGUUCUGGUAUUCCAAAGUGUACUUUGCAUCCUUUUGGUUCAGAAGAAAAAAAAGAUAUUUCUGAGGGCUUGUGUACCUCUUCUAGUGCAUCAGAAGAAAAUGCAUUGAAAUCUGAGAGCUUAACACAGAAGAGAUCUGAUCUUCCUGAAGAUUUGUCUUCCAUUCCUUCUUGUAUGGCAGUACAUGCUUCCAUAAAACAUGACUCCUUCCAGAUGCAAGCAGAUGAACUUGGUAAUGCUUCUUCAGGAGGUGUUCCUUUGUCUCUUCCACACGAAAAAAGUCUGGAUGCAUCUGAUAGUAAACCUGCAUCUGCUAAUGAUCCAGUUUUGCCAGCAUUGCAGUCUAAUGCACAAAAAAUAGGUGUUUCAAAAGCUGGACAACCUUCUAUCCCUGCUGUUAAAAAGGAAUCCCUGUUACAGCAUGAAACCCCAAAAGGGAAAAAGGUAGUUCACACCAAAGAUAUUAAUUCCGAUUCUCGUUCCAAAAAAAAGAAAAGUACAGAUGCUGCUGUAGAUGACUUUUCUUUUGUUACUUUAGAUGAGAUUGGAGAAGAGGAUUCAUCUUUAUCAAAUGAAACUGCAGUUGUAGGACCCCAUAAUGAAGAAAGCACACUAGUAACUGUAGAUGAAGUUGGGCCAGAUGAUCUCACUGAAAUAGAAAAGGAACUUCACAUACAAGUAGAAGGUGACUCUUCCUCAGUGGUUAGGCUGCCUGUUUCAGCUGAUGUUGAAAAAUCUGAAAAGAUGGUUGAAGACUUUAAAGCAGGUAUAAAAGAUAUGCCCAGUGGCACUGGGAACACUUCAGCAUGUAAUGUAACUUUACCAUUUAGUGAAUCUCAAGGUGACAAAAAAGAACAACCCGUUGGAACUUUGGAUGAAAAUACUGAAGAUGAUGACGAUGCUUGUACUUUUUUCAGCACUUUAAAAGGUGACAUGAACUUUGUCACUGUUGAUGAGAUAGGAGGAGAUGAUGAAGACCAGAUUGCAGAAUUGGAAGCCUCAGCAGUGGAAGAGGACCAAAUAAAGGAAGACUCAUCUAAUGUUAAGGAAAUGACAGCAACAACAUCGACUGGAGCAAGAGGAACGAAGAGAAAACAGUCUCCAGGUGAAGUCCAAACAAGAAGUAAAAAAGCAGCUAUAGAAGAGGAGGGUGCACAGCAGACCAAUGAGGCUGAAUCCCAAGGCUCUCUACAAGCAGCUGCUGAAUCAGUUCCACAAUUAACUGAUAAAGAAAAAAAGUGAUACAGAAGCAUGUCAAAGUAGCAGAACUUAAAUGGAAUGCAAAAGAAAUAUUGAAAAUGCGUAGGAACCUGUGCAUCAUCUCCAGCUUGCAAAGGAUAGUGAUGUCUCAUGGAGGACUGAAAGCUGAAGCAUUGGGGUCCAUUUGAAACAUUGACAAUUUUUUUUACUGCUUAUUUUUUAAUUUAGGAGCUAAAAAGUUCAUGUUGUACAAAUUUAUGAUGUACUUGCUCACUGUAUAUUUGAAAACAGUUUAAAUUUACAAUGGUGUUCAUUGUAAAAUGUUUAUUUAGAUUGAAUAGCUGUAUUCAAAUAAAUGUUCUUAAUAUAC